GCUGGGUGUUUCCUGUCUCUUUCAGUCCGGGUUUGGAGACUCCGGCUUCCUCCGGCUUUUCAUGGAAGAGAUGUCAGGAGAAAGUGUGGUGAGCUCAGCGGUGCCAGCGGCUGCGACCCGCACCACCUCCUUCAAGGGCACAAGCCCCAGCUCCAAGUACGUGAAGCUGAACGUGGGCGGAGCCCUGUACUACACCACCAUGCAGACGCUGACCAAGCAGGACACCAUGCUGAAGGCCAUGUUCAGCGGGCGCAUGGAGGUGCUCACCGACAGUGAAGGCUGGAUCCUCAUUGACCGGUGUGGCAAGCACUUCGGUACGAUACUCAACUACCUUCGUGACGGGGCGGUCCCCUUGCCCGAGAGCCGUCGGGAGAUCGAGGAGCUGCUGGCAGAAGCCAAGUACUACCUGGUCCAGGGCCUAGUGGAAGAGUGCCAGGCCGCCCUGCAACAGAACAAAGAUACUUACGAGCCAUUCUGCAAAGUUCCCGUCAUCACGUCAUCCAAGGAAGAACAGAAACUUAUAGCGACAUCAAAUAAGCCAGCCGUGAAGUUGCUCUACAACAGAAGUAACAACAAAUACUCGUAUACCAGCAAUUCUGACGACAAUAUGUUGAAAAACAUCGAACUGUUUGAUAAGCUGUCUCUGCGCUUUAACGGAAGGGUCCUGUUCAUAAAGGAUGUCAUUGGGGACGAAAUCUGCUGCUGGUCCUUCUACGGCCAGGGCCGCAAGAUCGCCGAGGUCUGCUGCACCUCCAUCGUCUACGCCACUGAGAAGAAACAGACAAAGGUGGAGUUCCCUGAAGCCCGGAUCUACGAGGAGACCCUGAACAUUUUGCUGUAUGAGGCCCAGGAUGGCCGGGGACCUGACAACGCGCUCCUGGAGGCCACGGGUGGGGCAGCCGGGCGCUCCCACCACCUGGACGAGGAUGAGGAGCGGGAGCGGGAGCGGAUCGAGCGCGUGCGGCGGAUCCACAUCAAGCGCCCGGACGACCGGGCCCACCUCCACCAGUGAGCGGGUGGGGGCCCCCGCCAUCCCCACCCGCCCACCUGCCCCCUCUGCUGUGCACCGAGCACCCCCCCAGCUCCCAGACACCUGCCACUUCCCCCAGAGUCCGGACAGACUUCCCUACAAACCAAACGAUUUUGGUAUUUCUCGGCAAGGUGAAUUGAUGUCUUUAGGCCCAGGUGAAUGCACUCCAGCUGGUAAACAAGCUGGGUCCACAGUCUCUGUUUCUCAGAGAAUCCGAGCAGCGCUGGAGCCGGGCUUUCCCUGCUUCCGGAGGAGGGGGUGGUGAACGGGUUGGGUGUGCGUGUGAGAAACGCCUCUGCAGUAUUUAUUUUGGUGGCUGUUGACUGCCUCUCUGAUCUUCUCGGGGGCCUUCCCUCCAGGGUUCAGUCUGUCAGCUGGGAGCAGGCCCCUGUGGUCGGUGGCCACCAGCGGUCCCCACGUCUGCCCACCCUGCAGCCCAGCGCCCUGGCCCCACUCCUGUGCGCUCGGCCCUGGCACAGGCUCCAGGGCUUUGCGAGCCGCCCAUCCGGCCAUGAGUGCCACUCCGAGCUUGUGGAUGGAGACCCACAGCUCCUGGCAGUGGGAGGUAUGCCCUGGAGGUUCAUGCCUCUCUGCUGCGGUUCCCAGCGUGGCCUUGGCUGCCAGCUCUGCCGAAGGGCAGGCCUGUCGCUGCUUCAGCCAGUCUGUGGUCUGGCUGCGAGCAAUGCCCCUGCCGCCCACCCCCCGCCCCCCUUGGGGACCCACUCCAUUCCAGGCCUGCUGUGUGGCCUGCUCACACAGACCGCUGCCUGGUGGGCUCCAUUCCUUCCUCCCCCACCUUCUCCCCUGUUAAGCGGGGCUUGCUGCCCCAAGCGGAUGCCCUCCCCUUUGCUUAGAAGAAAGGAAGCCUGGCCCCAGACUCUGUCCUGGUGUCCAGGCAGGACCAGUGCUCACUGCAGUGGCCUCAGGAUGGCUGUCACCUGGAGAUGCCCUCCGGGUCUCUGCCUCGGAGUCUUCCACAGUGUGAUGUGGCCAUCAGUGAGCAGACCCAGAGGUGGUGCAGGUUUCUGGGGUCCGGUCGGUGUCUGUGUUCAUGUUUGUUUAAGGGACGUGCGUGACUGGAUGAGGAUGUGUGCCUGGGGGGCCCGGGGGGCCCGCGCUGGGGCCCUGCUGCCCGCACGGCGCUCGUGGGGGGCGGAUGUUCUCGGUGACCUACCUCCCCGCCUCACCACGCCCGUGCCGGCCCAGAGCGAGUUGUGACGAAUGUGGCUGGCUGAGGCUAGGCUGGUAGAGUAGUUCUGGGAAGGUGAAGGUGUGUGUAUGGUCUGGGUGGGUUUUGGCUAUUUCAAGUGACUGUUUUAUACCAAAGGUAUUAAUAAGGGCAGCCUUUGACAGUGUAUUCCCCAAAAAAUGAGUUUAUAUUUUGAAAUGGUUUUUACUGCUUAGACUUUGUACAUCUGGCCCUACUUGGGACAGUUGUAUGCCUUUAUUUUGUAUCCAGCAGCAAAGCCUGUAGUAAAACUUGGAAACAAUCAUGAUCGAACCUAAAAAUCACGUACAGGGGUAGAUGCUUUUUAAACUGUUGCGCGGGCAACUUUCGUAUAUAGGCCGCCUGGAUUUUAUUAAGUGCUGAGGACGGGAGGGAGGGGGCUUAAUUAAAUAUGGUUUGUAAAUAUUUUCUACUGUGGAAGUUUUAAACACCAACCCUGCUGUUGGGGUUGUCCUUUUCUAGAACGGUAAAGUGAAUGUCAGUUCUGAUGUUUUCUGUAGGGAUGGAAAAGCCAUCAUGUAAGUUCUCUCUUGUUUUUAAAUGUUCGUGUGAAGAGUGAGCUUGUGGAUCAGCCUGAGCUGUUGGGGCUUCUGCUCCUUAUGACUUGAUGUUUCUGGCCAUCUCUGUUUUCACUUCUCCUCCAACUUUGCACUUGGAGUCUGGAGUCAUUGCUUCCCUGGGAUAUGAACAAGUUCAUGAAAGCAUUCCACAGUGAGUGAUACUGUUAGCUGCCUGUAGCCGUGAGCUGAUGAUGACGAAGCAUUGGCUGGUCCAGGGCUCUGUUAUCAGACAUAUUCUUCAAGGAACUGAUCUCUUACGUGAGCACGAAGGGUCAGCAAAAGUCAAUACCUGUAUUUAUUAAGAACCAUCCAAGCAAAUUACUGGCCCUAAGAUUUGUUACAGAGUGUAGUUUUUAUUACACUGUAAUAACUUACAGUGGGAAAAACCAACACGGCUUUGGGUCCCUCAUAAUCAGGUUUUUUUCCAAAUAAGUCAUUGAUUGCGGUGACUGGGGGGGGCCUCUGCCCAUGACAAUUCCUGGCCAGGCCUGACAGUCGCCCCCUUGCAGUGAUUUAGUGGGGUGGUCGCCGUGCAGGUACCCCAGCCCUCCGUCUGGAAUGUGUGCUCCCUACUACCCAGAGUCACCGUAACACGUGUGUGUCACUGACCUUUCUGUCUUUGUGCCACGGGAAAAAGUACAUUCUGAGCUUCAGAAGCAGUCACUGUAUGUUGUACCAGCCUCUGUGGAUGUAUGUAAAAUAAAAGUUAUAUACGCUUCUA